AUGAGGAGAGUUCUUGACUCAAAACUUAUACAUUAUAAAGGUCCUGUUGUUUUCUGGCCCAAAACAGUCCCAUUAAAAGUUCGUUCCUUUGUGUGGCGGGCAGAUUUGUCGAGAAUCCAUGUGGCUAUCGAGUUAUCAGAAAGAGGAGUAAAGGUUCCCAAUCAGAUGUGCCACUUAUGCAACAAAGCACUUGAAUCUGUUGAUCAUCUUCUUGUAAGUUGUGAAUUUGCAAUGGGUGUUUUUGAAUGUGUGUUCAAAUGGUGUGGGAUAAGAACUCAACAAUUCUCCAAGGUGAGUGAGGUCAUAAAUUUUGCAGCUUCAUGGGGAAAUUGUCCAAGGAAAAGAACAAUCGUCAGCACCAUAUUGUUAUGUCUACUAUGGAACAUAUGGAGGGCAAUGAAUGAUAGAGUUUUCAAGGAUUUGAAAACUUCUUACACAAAAGUAGCCGAUAAUAUCAUCUCACUAUCGUUUCUAUGGUGCAACCACAGGAGUAGUAAUGGAUGUGGAAGUUGGGUUGAUUGGUGUUGUUCGUCGUUUCUUCACCUUACUAAUGUUGUCUUGUAA